AUGAAUCUAUAUAGUAAUAAUAUUAUUCUAUUUUAGUUGUUAAUCAAAGAACCGUAAGGAUUAAAUAGCUGGAAAAAGUACUAGAAUAUUUACUAUAUUUAAUAUAUAAUACUACUCAUUUAAUGUUAUUUAAUCAAAAAGAAGAGAAAAUUGCUUGUCAAAAAAAUAAUAAUUAUGCUUUUAACAACAACAAUAAGAUUAAGAAAUCUUAGACAAUAAGAUUAAAGCAAUCAAAGGAGGAAUUCAAUGAAUUCAAAAAUCUAUUUCAGAUUUAAUGA